CACACACACACACACUUCCUUGUUUUCUCUUCCUUGGUGAGACUGAGGGGGCGGAGCCUCCUGUCUAUAAAAGCAGACUCGUCUUCCUCCUUUCUGCAUUUGACUCCUGCCUUCACCUCUUCCUCAUACCUGAGACUCUACCUGCACAGUUAUUGAUCACGAUGUCUUGGGAUGAGUACAUAGACAACCUGAUGGCGCCUGAAAAAAACGUGACUAUCCUCAUCGGGGCAGCGAUCUGUGGACAGGACGGCAGCCUUUGGGCGGCAUCACCUGACAUGAAGAAAAUCACGCCAGACGAAAUUAAGAAGCUGAUUGGGAAAACGACUAGUUUUCACCAGUGCGGUCCUACCGUCGCUGGGUUGAAGUGCAUGAUGCUCAAAGACCAGUACGAUGACUCCAAAUGUCCCUGCCUGCAGCUGAAGAGCCGGCCGGACGCUGAUGGCGCCACCUACAACAUCGUCGUUGGCAAGAGUAUUCAAGCUGUAGUCGUCGCUAAGGGCACGAAAGAAUCCAACGCGGCUCAGGUGACCAAGAAGGUUUACACAAUGGUAGACUAUCUGCAGUCAAAGGGUUAUUGAGAUCCCCCCUCCAUGUGUCCACCCUGAGCUUUAGGUAUCUGAGUUCUGUCAUCAGGGGUAAACAAAGUGUUCAGAGGUGUAUUCCCACACGGCCUGUUAGCAGUGUUACCAUUCCCCCCCCCCCCCCCCGCAGAUCUUUGGAAAUCUGGAAAAUAUCUGAUGAAUAAAAAUAUCUUUAUCUUAAAAACAA